UCUCUCUCCCCCUCUCUCUCUCUCUACAUUCUUCAUAGCUAAGGAAGAAGAUAAGUGAAAAAAAAAAAAAAAAAAUGGAUGACAAGAAGCUAACUUUCAAGAACAAAUCUCUCUUUGGUUGCAGAGACAUGAAGAAAAGCUUCUCACAGUUAGCAAUGGAUGAGCUCUUCGCCCCCGAGGAAGACGACGAUAAAAGACUUCUUCAAAAACCCGACGAUCAAAUCUUUGCGGCUAACAAAAAUGCGCAUUUUGCCUCCAAAACUACGGUUUUGAAUGACUUUUCGAGUAGUAUUUUCUCAGACGAGAACGCGGCGUUUUGGUCGCCGAAUCUCGACUCAAAUUACUCGAAGGUUUCAGCAUCUUUCGACUCGCAAUCUUUGAUUUGCGUCGACAGCUCUGAUUCGGGCAAGAAUCCGACGAAGAAAGAGAAAGGAGGCGGCGGUAGCAGCGAGCAGUCGGAUGAGGAAAGCUCUAAUCCGAUCGAGACAAAGCGCGCUAAAAGGAUGUCUUCUAACCGGGAGUCUGCUCGGCGCUCGAGAAAACGGAAGCAAGCGCAUUUGGAGGAACUCGAACAUCAGGUCGAGCAACUACGAGGAGAGAACGCGUCGUUGUUUAAACAACUUGGCGACGCAUCUCAUCAGUUCAAAGAGGCGACGACCAAUCAUCGAGUACUUAAAUCAGACGUGGAAGCGCUAAGAGCUAAGGUGAAACUAGCCGAAGAUAUGGUUAUCCGCGGCUCGUUCACCUCCGGUUUAAGCCAUCUUAUUCAGAACUAUCCAAACGCUCCCCAAACGUACAUGAAUCACGAAAUGAACGCCAUCGGCGCCGUGUCUACGCGUGGAGAUAUCUCUGAUCCGGCUUACGGACUUGGAAAUGUGAACAAUGUCAUCGACGGAGUUGGCGAUGUCUCGGAUAUUUGGCCGUAGUUUGAUCCUUUAUGUAUUUACCUCAUGUUUGAAUGUGUUUGUUAUGUUAUUUGUCUAUCGUGUAAUGUUUUUGUUGCGAAUUUAA